AUGUCUAGAGACGAAAUAUGGCAGAUCACGAAGAACCUCAGCUUCCAGAAUGGGGGCCGGGCAAAACAGCAAGAGGCAGAGCACGCCGGCCAAGUAGCAGACGUCGAGAACGACCACUGCUUUCCUGCCUUCUUUGCAGACAAAGGAAAUCCCUCCAAAGGCAACUCCCCAGCAUCUGAUUGCGGCAGCUUGCAGCACACUCAAUCGAGUACCAACUACGUCAACAGCUCUCACUGGGCUGCUGUUCUUGAUGGGAUUGCUGAGCUGAAGAAUCAUCUCGACGAGAACGGAGAAGUUCAAGAUGAUACUUCGCUGGAUGAUAUGUCCUUUGCUGAGCAGGGCGGUCCGCAACUACUCUAUGGGUGUAGCAGGCUUGUGACGAAGGAAGAGAUUCUGGAGGCAAUUCCAGAGCGGCCGGUUGUCGACCGGUUGAUCUCACGCUAUUUCAAUUCAUUUGAAAUGUCCCCAGUAAUAUGGCUGGGCCUCCUGUUUACUAUAAUGUGCCUCGCAAUCCAGUUCCAGAAAUCAAGGUUGGAUCCAGGGAUACAAACCCCCGCAUCCUUGUCGACAGAGCAUGACCUUCAAGGCAAGAUUGAGCUUUACCGGCAGAAGGUCGUGCAAUGCCUCGUAUUGGGAGAGUAUGCUAAAGGGGGUCCAUAUGUGCUCGAGACGCUUAUGCUGUAUAUUGCGAUGGAGUUAUUUCUCCGGAGUGACGCCGAGAUUGGAGUAUGGAUCCUGCUGGGAACAAUAGUCCAGCUGGCAAUGCAUAUGGGCUACCACCGGGACCCCCGUCACUUCCCCAGCAUGUCUCCCUUUACAGCUGAAAUGCGGAAGCGCGUCUGGGCUACAAUCGUUGAGCUUGACCUUGGACUCUCUACUCAAAUGGGUCUUCCCCGACUGAUUAAGCAUUGGCAGACGGAUACAGGGGGCCCAUCAAACCUCCAUGACAAUGAUUUUGAUCGAUCCACGGCUGCUAUGCCGGCGUCGCGGCCCAAGAAUGAACUAACACCUAUGCUCUACCGUCUUGUCAAGGCAAGCAUGGUGGCAGCGAUUGGCUUUGUGUGGGAUCUUGCGACUGACACAAGGCCAUGUUCCUACACCGAGAUCAUGAAGAUGGAUAACAUGCUUCAGGACGCACAUAGCGCAAUUCCAGCAUGUCUUCAGUGGCGUUCCAUGGCCCAUUGCAUCAUGGAUUCGCCGCAGAUGAUUAUGCAGAAGGUCUUCUUGGAGAUUAUGUUCCACCGUGCACGAAUUGUUUUGCAUCAAAGAAACCUGCAUCGCUGGCAAGCAACCCUGCAGAAUGACUACUCCCAGCAGGCAUGUUUAGAUGCAGCCCUCAAACUUCUCGACUAUCAGCACGUCCUCCAAGAAGAGACCCAGCCGUUCUGCCGGUUAUAUCAGGAGCGAUGGCGAGUCUCCUCUCUUAUCAACCAUGAUUUUCUACUUGCCACUAGCAUUCUGUGCUCAUAUCUACAGCAAGCUCAUGCACAAGGAAAAGGAGGCGCGGGCUCUGUGAUUGAGGCGACUAUUUGGACAUCACUACAAAAAACAUACGACAUUUGGCUCCAUUCGAGCAGCUCUUCGAAGGAGGCACAGAAGGCAGCGAAAGCCCUGAGCGUGGUUCUCGGAAACCAUAGUUAUACCAAUAGCGACAAGGCAAAUGAUGAGACAAACUCACUGCUCUCGCAGGUUUCACCGCCAGCAUUUCCCAAUGAUACCACCUGUACAGAUUCUCAAGGGAGUCCUGCCCGUUUCAAUAUCCAAUUCCCCGUCUUUGAUGCAACCGUGCUAGCUAAUUGGUCUCCGACAUAUGACGGCAUUGAAAGCUUUCCAAUUACGACACCCGCCUCCAGUGUCGACUGGCAGAUGAUAGACAAAGGCGCUUCAGGACGUCAAUAA